AUGUUGAAAUUAAUUCUACACUCCAUAUUUCUUCUUGCCACUAUUUCUUUCCUUUUUAAUUUAUAUAUUUUCUUUUUUUUUUUUUUACUUCUUCAUUUAUUCUGCCAUUUCGCUUUCUUUUCAUUCAUUUUCUUACACCUUUAUGUGAUUACAUUCUUGUAUUUUACCGUUUAUUUUGCUGGUCUCACCUUUCUCUUUUUCCUACUCGCUCAUACCUUUCGUUAUCUUUCAUUUAUUCUUUCAUUACUUUCAUACUUUCCUUUUUUAUAUUUAUUAAAUUAUUUUUCCUUCUUUCAUAGACUCAUAUUUUCUUUCUUUCUUUCUUUCUUUCUUUCUUUCUUUCUUUCUAUACCACUCACUUCAGUUCACUUUAAAAAUCUUUUUCAUCAUUUCUUUAACCUUUUUCUUUCUUUCUUUCUUUCUUUCUUUCUUUCUUUCUUUACCACCCCUUCAUUACCCAUCAAAAUUCUGUUCUUUUGUUUACCAUUUGUUCAUUCCCGCCGACAGAUUAACACAUUACCCUAUCUGCCUCAUUCCAUCUCACCCCUCUCCUCUCCCCCCCUUCAUCUCCCCCUCUACCUCUCUCAAACCUCACUUUUCCAAGCUGUCUCUACCCCCUCUCUGUCUAUAUCUUUCAUUCACUCUCACUUUCCUGACUUCACUUUAUACAUUUAG